CACUAUGAGAUGAAGGAAGAAGAACCUUUUAAUGGAAAACAGUCAGAGGAUGAAGGAAUUGAAAAAGAAAAUUUGGCAAUAUUAGAAAAUAUCAGGAAUACUCAAAGGCAAGACCAUCUAAAUGGCGCAGUGUCUGGGCCAGUACAAGCUUCUGAUAGACUUAUGAAAGAGCUCAGGGACAUAUAUAGAUCACAGAGUUAUAAAACAGGGAUUUAUUCAGUAGAACUCAUAAAUGACAGUUUAUAUGACUGGCGUUUAUAUGACUGGCAUGUCAAACUACAGAAGGUUGAUCCUGAUAGUCCUUUGCACAGUGAUCUUCAAAUCUUAAAAGAAAAAGAAGGCAUAGAAUAUAUUUUGUUUAAUUUCUCUUUUAAGGAUAACUUUCCAUUUGAUCCUCCAUUUGUUCGAGUGGUAUUACCUGUUCUCUCAGGAGGGUACGUUUUGGGUGGAGGUGCAUUAUGUAUGGAACUCCUCACAAAACAGGGCUGGAGCAGUGCCUACUCAAUAGAGUCUGUCAUCAUGCAGAUCAAUGCUACCUUAGUCAAAGGCAAAGCCAGAGUGCAGUUUGGUGUGGCCCAGUUUGGUGAGAGGGAGCUGCUCCUUGUCCUCGGCUUUGCCUCCUCGAGCUCCGCGACCCCUCCCACGGCCCCGUCCACAGCCGCGGUCCGACCCGCAGACCACGACCGAAGCCUCCGCCGAAACCACCGAGGUCUCUCAUCCCAGGGCCCCCAGGGCCUCCAGGCCCUACCGCUGCACCAGCGUCAUCAGCCAUUUGGUGUUUUCUCAGAGAAGAAGAAGCUGGCCAGCCAAGAGCCAUCUGACACCAAUUAUGAAACACCUCAUUCUAUGGUUUCUUCUGAAUCCAGCUUGAAUUUCUAG